AUGCAUCGAUUCAGCAUACUGUCAUCGAUAGUUUGUUUGCUAUCGAUAUUAAGUAAUUUAAUUGGGUAUGGAACCGGUUGUCAUUGUCCGUCUAAUAUGUGCUGUUCACAAUGGGGUUAUUGUGGUACAACUGCUGAAUAUUGUGGCGCUGGAUGUCAACAGGGAAAGUGUUGGCUGAGUGGAUCAGAAUCAAAUAGACAAAUGCCAAUACUUUCUGGUUCGUUUCAUGGACGAUGUACCUAUUAUCAUGUCGAAGGUGAUUAUACAGCAUGUGGUACACGGCAUAGUGAUAACGAAUAUAUUGCUGCGUUGAAUGCUCCUCAAUUUGAUAUGCAUACGCCGAACGGCAAUCCAAAUCGAAAUUCAUUAUGCAAUCGAAAAAUUGAAGUAAAUGGACCACGUGGUUCGAUUGUCGUUCAAUUAGUAGAUCGAUGUGCAGGUUGUCCUCACGAUGGUUUAGACUUAUCACCUGCAGCAUUUAAAGCUAUUGCUGGAAGCCUCAGUAUUGGUGUCGUUCAAGUUUCUUGGAAAAUGAAAUGA